AUGGCACCAGAGGUCCACGUGCUGAGCGCUGCGGGCAAGCCGAUCUUCUCGACGGCAGCAAAUGCCCAGGACGACGGCGCACAUGCGUCCAUGUCCGGUCUCAUCCAAGGCAUCUCAAGCUUCUCCAAGGACGCGCUGCGCGUCAUCAAGACCAAGACGACGACAUUGCACUUUCUGCCGUGCCACCCGCUGCUCUUCUUUUGCGCGCUGCCCGUCGACUACGCAGGUCUCAACGUGCCACGCCUUCUCCUCUUGAUUCAGCACCAUGUCCUCUUCUUCCUGACCGAGAACGGCCUACGCCUCAUGGAGACCAACCCGAACUACGACCUGCGCAACCUCCUCCAUGGCACCGAGGGCCUCCUCGCGUCGCUGGCGCGCAUUUGGUCCUCUGCGACGUGGGCGCAGCUCGAUGGCAUCGGGCUCCGCGUCUGGCCCAUGGCGGACGAGGCGCGCAAGACGCUGCAGCGCGCCAUGGACGCGCCGGGCCUUCUCUUUGGCCUCGUCCUGCGCGACGAGUAUGUACUCGCAUAUCGGCAAGGGCACAAAGACCACCCGCUUCCGAUCAAUGACGUCCAUGUCCUCGGCCACGUUGUCAACCACAUGACCUCGUUCCGGUCCACCGAGUCGUGGACACCCAUUUGUCUGCCGUCGUUCAACCGUAGUGGAUUCGUCUACGCCUAUAUUGUCUUUACCUCGGUUGACAUUUGCACGAUUCUGAUCAGCACCAACGAGUCCCAGGACCAGUUUCACACGUUCCAAACUCUGCACAACAACCAGAUCUCACGGGCACUCAUGCAUUUGCUGUCCUGCCAGCCACCACUGGUCGCAGACGCCCCGCCGUCCCUCGCCUCGUACCUUCCAGCCGCGUACCAGCCACUUUUAUUGCAUUUCAUUUACCAGCACGCACGGUCCCACCAGGUUGUCUCUCCGUCAUUUAAAGACUCGGCCGUCUUUGAGGACGCGACGUUUCAGCGCCAAGUGCUUCAGCACUACCACACGCUGCACCAGCAUUUGCAUAGCGCUGGUCACCGCGCCGAGACGAACCGGAUGGGCAUUCCCCGGGCAAAAGACAUGGCACCCAGCGCCACGACGUACUUGUUUCGAACCAAUGCGCUGCUUGUAAUGGGUCGCGUCUUGGAGAAGCAAGCCGGGUUCAUCUACGUCUGCUGUGAAGGCCUCGUGUCGGCCGAGGACGCCGACCUCAUCUGCGACCGCCUCGUUGCCCGCAUUUACCAAACCGGCCUGUAUAGCCUCUAA